AUGUUGACUGGGGUCUACGAGAAUACGAAUGCUUGUGGACCGUUGAUUACAAGUGAUGACGUUUUACCUGUGAACAAUUGUUCAACAACGUGCUGUCCUAGUGAUGGCAUUUGGAGUGAAUGGACAAACAAUGGAAAUCCGAAAUUGGGAGGUGUCGGUUCAAAUCUGACAUGUGGAAUGUGUGCACAGCAAAAUCAGACAAGAGUCUGUCUCUCGGCUACAUACGGAUGCCCGUGCACUGGCUCAACAACCCAAAUCUACACUUAUUCAAACGCUCUCUGCCAGUUCCCAAUGACCACGUGUUGUCCACCGUAUGUGAAGAAAAUUGACCUCACAGCGAAGGCCUAUCUCUGCCAGCUAGAGAACGCCGUCUCACUGCCAUCCAUUCAAACGACUACUUGCUGUCCACCAGACGGAAAUGGUUUAUGGAACUAUUGGAGCUCGUGGAGUCGAUGUACUGCAACCUGUGGUCUUUGUGGAACCCAAAUGAGAAACAGAACUUGUGCAUCGGCUGCUUAUGGUUGUCCUUGCACCGGAAGUUCGACCGAAACUCAAAAAUGCGGAAACCCGGGUUGCACAACAGCUUGUGGUUGCCCAUCGGCGUGUUGUGGUGGAGCCUAUCAAGCCGUUGCCUACGAUGGAACGAUCUAUUGCUCAUUGGAAGAGCCGAUUUCCUGUGUCGGAUCUUGGGAACCAUGGUUCAACUACACGUUGUGCAAUGACACGUGUGGAAUGUGCGGCACUUACACACAACAACGAUACUGUAUGCCGCCUGGCUGUCAAUGCACCGGCUCUUUCACUCAAACAAUGCCUUGCGCUGCAUCCGUCUGUGCUUCUCCGCGGAGCGCUUGUUGCACUGGGUUCACAGAAAAAGCGAAUACCUGUUCUGUAUCA